AUGGCGAUCCGCAUCACCGUCUCCUACUCCGGCUACGUGGCGCAGAACCUCGCCGCGUCGCUCGGCCUCCGCUGCGGGUCCUCCGCCUCCGCCGGGUGCCGGUUCCUCCAGGAGGGGUCGUGGCGCCCCUUCUGCAUCUUCACCUCCUCUCGCCACCAGCCCGACCGCCUCCGGGCCAGCGACGGUGACCGCCAUGACGCCGCCGACGACCACAACCACCCCAAGCCUCAGGCCCUCGCUGCCGCCGCCGCUGCCGCCUCCGGAAGCCACUCUCUUUUCCCUUCGAGGCCCUACUCUUCGUCCAAGCCGCCGCCGCCGCCGCCUCUCGCCGUGGGGUUGCUGUCGGUGCUCGCCCAGGGUUCGACGGCUGGGUCGUCGACGGCUGGGAUCUCCGGCGCCGCGUCUCUGGCCGGAUCGUCGUCGAUUUCGAUCGGGCUGUUCAACCCGGCGCACCUCCUCCCGUUCUUGCAGACCGCGAGGUGGCUCCCCUGCAGCGACCUUGCCCCCUCCUCGUCUUCGGCGCCAUCGUCCCCUCCUCCCUCGCCACCGCUGCCUUCGACCCGUCCCUCCAGGAAGACGUUCAGCGGUGUUCCACCCGCCGGAGCUUCCGCUUCUGCUUCUGGCGCGAUUGCCCGGAACAUCGGUGCUAGUGCCACAAUGAGCAGGAGCAACUGGCUGUCCAAGUGGGUGAGCUCGUGCUCCGACGACGCCAAGACGGCCUUCGCCGCCGUGACCGUGCCGCUGCUCUACAGCUCCUCCCUUGCCGAGCCGAGGUCCAUCCCGUCCAAGUCCAUGUACCCGACCUUCGACGUCGGUGACCGGAUUCUCGCCGAGAAGGUGUCAUAUGUGUUCCGGGAACCAGAAAUCUUGGACAUUGUGAUCUUCCGUGCUCCCCCAGCUCUUCAGGAUAUGGGGUACAGCUCCGGUGAUGUGUUCAUCAAGAGGGUUGUGGCCAAGGGAGGGGACUACGUCGAAGUGCGUGAUGGCAAGUUACUGGUCAAUGGGGUACUUCAAGAUGAAGAAUUUGUGCUGGAGGCACACAACUAUGAGAUGGAACCAUUGCUUGUGCCGGAAGGGUAUGUGUUUGUGCUGGGAGACAACCGUAACAACAGCUUAGACUCCCAUAACUGGGGGCCGCUCCCGGUGAGGAACAUACUCGGCAGAUCCGUGUUCCGGUACUGGCCACCGUCGAAGAUAACGGAUACAAGAUACUACCAACCCGAUGCGGCGCUCUACGCGGUGGGGAUGUCGUGA